AUGACGAGAGAAACUCCUGAAUAUGGCACAAGACUGCUUCCGACUCUCAUCGACGAGAUCGCCAUUGCUACACCAACUCGCGUCUAUGCAUCUAUCCCAAUCGACGACACAGACUUAUCUCAAGGUUUCCAACCCAUCACAUACGUAGAGUUUGCACGAGCAAUAGACUCUCUAUCUUUCUGGCUAGACGAAACCCUCGGAAAAGCCGAUGGCACGUUCCCAACUUUCGCGUACUUGGGACCUAGGGAUCUUGGAUAUUGCGUUGUGGUCGUUGCAGCGGCGAAGGUGGGUAGGAAAGUGCUGUUGGCUUCUCAUCUUGCAUCGUCUGACGCACAUCUGUUUCUUCUGGAGGCGUUGGAGUGUACAGCUGUGAUAUAUGCCUCCGAGACAACUGCAUUAGCACAAUCGCUGGAAGAAAGAUUUCCGAGUGCAAAGUACAUCAGCACAACAUCUCUGGGCAACUUUCUGGAAGGAUCCAAGACUGCGAAGAGAAGCGAGCGAUACGAGUACUCCAAGUCCUACUCAAAAGCAUAUGCAGAUCCGGUCAUGGUUGUACACACAUCAGGAACAACCGGAAUGCCAAAACCUGUGAUCUGGACUCACGAUAUGCUGGCAUCAGUCGACAGACUACAUACUCUGCCAGGUAGCGCAGCAACGCAAGUGGGAGGUCAAAGUAUCUAUUGUGCACUACCUGUUUUUCACACUUCGGGCAUGACAGCCAGUCUCUUGACGCCUGUGUAUCUCAACACAAUCAUCAUUCUCGGACCCUCGGGAGUUCGACCUGACAAGAAGACUGUUCUGGCAGUGUUGCGUAAUGCACCUGUCAGCGCAGCAUCCUUCCCGCCAAACUUGUUGGAGGAACUUCUCGCCGACUCUGUAUCCCGCAAAGAACUCCAGAAACUCAAGAAGAUAGUCUACGGUGGCUCUCCACUAUCUGCCUGGGCAACGAAUAUCGUCAGCGAUGAAUUUUCUGGCACCGUGACCUCAGCACUAGGUAGCACAGAAGGCGGACUCUGGCUCACAGGCCCAGCACCUUCACCCUCGGACCACGGUUACUUCCUCUUCCACCCCUUCAUGUCCACCUCGUUCCAACACACCUCUGCCGAUCUUUACGAACUGGUUAUACAGCGUACACCACACUCAGAAGCCUACACGAAUUUCUUCAGAUGUGGAGAGACAAUCACAGAAUUCAGGACUAAAGAUUUGUUUUCGCCGCAUCCAGAGAAGAAGGGGCUGUGGAGGUAUAGAUGCAGAAAAGAUGAUUUGGUGUUGCUCAGUGGAGAGGUAAAGAUGUAUGCUGGUGCGAUUGAGGAAGCGGUCUCUGCUCAUCCGGCGGUGAAGACUGCGUUGGUGGGCGGUCAGUAUCGCAGCAGACCGUUUUUGCUGGUCGAACCUGCUGAGACAAUCACGAUCAAGGAGCAGCAAGCAGAGUUUGUGGAUGAGAUCUGGCCGACUGUUGAAGCUGAGAAUGAGAAACACCAUGAGUCUGCCAGGUUGCAGCGGGAACUGGUGAUUGUAGUCGGAGCUGAGAAGAAGAUGAUACCAACGGCCAAGGGGAGCGUGGAUCGCAAAGCAACUUUGUCAACAUUCGAACGAGAAAUCGAUCACAUGUACAAAGCUUGGUCGAAGUUGUAG